AUGUCCCCUGAGGAGAGAGAGUUGGCAGCUCAUCCAAAGGAGGCAGGGUUCUAUAAGAAGGAGCUUAAUGCUUGGAAUGUCACACAGAAACUCUUUAAGCAAGAGAUGGACAACUAUGAUAAGGAGCAGCAACAGAAGAAAGGUGUACAACAUUCUAUUAAGUAUAGAACUGGACAUGUGAGGGAGUGGUUCAACAGCAUGACCCCUGCACAUCAGAAGGAGGUUGAGGAGGUGAGGAACAAGUGGAAUAGAGAGGGCGUCCUGGCAGAAUCACAGACAAUGUAUCGAAAGAAAAACCUCAAAAAAGCUCUCGAGGAUUUUACAGAACAAAUGUGUCAUACUAUGGUUUGCCGACUCAUGAUGUUGGUCAGUCACAAGAAAAACAGUGAUCAGACUUUAAGUGUCAAGAUUCACAAGUCUCAGCCUGUCAAUCAUAAGAAACCAUUUAGCCAGAAUUCUCAAGGAAGCAAAGAAUGGAUGUCUGGAGGUUUUGAAAAAUUUGCUGAGUGGUCAAAGGCUGAAUUCUAUCCCACUAAUGAUGACAAUGACUCCUCCGAUGAAGAAAGUAACAAUGGAAAGGAUGCAAUGCCUGAAGUUGUCUUGGAUAGGCACAGAUAUGCAAAGCUCCCUUCCCGUAUGGAAGUAGGCCUCAAGGGGCAACAAGGAUUGGUUUGGCAAAAUUUUUAUGCAUCUUACAAAGUCUUCACUGAUAGCAUGAAGCCAGUACCUUGGCUUUUGAUUGCCGGUGAGCCUUCACUGUACCUGGAUCCCAACUCCAUCUCCAAUGGUUUUAUCAUGCAAGACCUAUCUCAUUUGAGGGCAAAGGAAAUCAACAAACUUUGGAGCCAUUGGAAAGCCAGAGAUGCUUCAAAUCAGAAAUUGAUUAUUUUUAUUGGGGCUGUGAGUGCCCACAGGAACAAGUCCCUGCUCCACAAUGCUGUUUAUGUAGACAAGGCCUCAGCCGCCCCUACACCUAUGAAACAUUUGAGACAGCUGGCCAAUGACACCUCCAAGGACAGCUCUGAUGACAAUUCAGCUCCAUUAGCAGGGCCAGUCACUCCAGCAUCAGUUUCUCAAGAAGACACACACACACCAGCCACUAUUCCAAUAAAAGAUCAGAUAUCAUUCUUAUGGUCUCUUAGCAGCAACAACAAAUAUUUGCUUUUCAUUUUGAGUAUUGGUGGCUUGAAAAAGGAACAAAGCUCUAAGGCAAUACAAUGGCUUGCAUGGGUGACGUGGUCUUAG